AUUUAUUGUCUCCAGCUGUUUACUAGUAUCGGCGGUGUUACAUUAAAUAAAUACGCAUCGUUUUCGCAUUCGUCAUUCUUUCAAGUUUCUUCGCUGCUUUCUCCUUUUCGCAUUCAUCAAUAUGACACGGCUAUUUCCAUUUUGCUUGUUGUUCUUGACAGCAGUAACUGCUCUCCAACCGGAAGAGGAGAAAGAGUGUGACGGAUGUUUAAUCGAGGGUAAGUGCCGCAAAUACGAAGAUACAUGGAUGGAAAAGACGGAAAUAAUGUGCGCCGUGAAAACGUGCCAUCGAAUGAGUGAAACGCAAUGGAAAGUAUAUGCAAAAUCUGUGUAUUGUCGGAAAAAUAAUGGUAAUUGUGUCAAGAAAGAUAAAGUUUGGGCCGGCAUGGAAGAUGGUGUGUGCUGGAUUCACAAGUGCAAUAUUAGCGGAACUAAUCGCAUACAAAUCACAUCAAGAUCCGGAGGAAAAUGUGUAAAAGAAAAAGACAAAGACGAGGACAAAGAGGAUAAGGACAAGGACAAAGACAAAGAAGGCAAAAAUAAAAAAGACAAGAAAAAAGACAAAAAUAAAAAGAAGAAAGACAGAAAGAAAAACGGCAAAAAAGGCAAAAAAGGCAAAAAAGGCAAAAAAGGCAAAAAAGGCAAACAUAAGACAGGCAAAAAAGGUCACCAAAAAAAUAAAAAAGGUCACCAAAAAAAUAAAAAAGGUAAACAUCGAAAGCCAAAGCCCGGAAAUAACAAAAAAGACAAAGGAGAUCAAAAGAAAGAUCCAAUGAACGAAAUGUAAAGAAGAUAAUACGUAUACGAGGACAAGAUUUAAUCAUUCAUAUAAUCCUCACUGAAACACGUGUAAUAAACAAUGUAAUAAACUAAUUUGAGAGCCAA